AGAAGAUUCUCAACCAUCGAACGAAAAGGAUCAAAAAAAAGUCUUCAAUUAACGCCUAGAAAUGGACUUCCUACUCUCAAAAAUUCCAAGAGUUUAUAAAGUCUGCAAGUGCUGCGACCUCAAAACUGGAAAUAAAAUUUUUGCAUCCGUUUUGUCGUCGUUUAAAGUUCUAUUGUUGAUUGUCAUGUGGUACCGGCUGUACACUUUGGAUGACACUGUUGAUACCGUUUUGACAGCAUUUGAUGGACCGGCAGCGUCAAAAGUUGAGGAGAAAAUUGAUUACCUGAUCUCUUUAGAAGCUAUCAUUGUUCUAGUCGUCAUUCUAGUUCCAACAUUAGUUUGCCUCCUUUUCAUCAAAGGAAUCAACGAUCAAAACACAUACUACAUGCUGCCAUACAUCUACAUGUACACCAUCCCAGCUAUCCAAAUUUUGUUGCUCGCAUUCUUCAGCAUUUUCCUCAUUUUCUUCUACAUCAGCUUCAUUCAUCACAUUGUGUUCUUCGUGAUUGUUGCUGCUUUACUGGGAGGAGCCGUCGCUUACGUUCCCAUCUGUGCUUAUUCAUUGUAUCGUGAGAUUGAGGAAGGUAAAAUGCAGAAUUUGGAAGGAGUUGGAACUGAUGGAUAUGUCUCAUAAUUAAAUACGUGUUAGUGCUACUUUACAACCUAAAAUAACCUCAAAAAUUCAGUAUUGAAGGACAAUAAUCAUAAGCGGUCAAUGACUUUACUCUCAACUUAGUUUGACUUACUUCAACCAUAUAAAGCUAUAUUAAUGUUAAAAAUAAUUAAAGUAUUAAGCAUAAAACCACCAAAGAAGCUACAAAAUUAAUAAAAUAUUAGUUAAAACAGUUUCUCAACUUUUGACUUAUUUACGGAUGCACCCCAACCACCAUCUCGAAUUCACUUCCGCACAACUGUCAAUAAGAAGUAAACAUCAAUGUCAAUCCUCGCUGUCGCCACACUGUCCACAAUUUAUAGAUUUUUCUCGCCGUUCUUGUUCUUAUCAUCUUUACUGCGUAGUAAC